AUGCAAUCCAUCCGACUGUCGUUCGUCGGGGCUGGCAGAGGCGGGCCCCAGCACACCAGUGCAGCGCAGGCCCGCAGGCGUGCUAAGGCAGGUCAGUCCGUCCCCAACUUUAGCGAGCAACGGCCAUCCUCGCUCUGCCAGUCCGGUGAGCGAUUCACUCCGUCAAUGGACCGUCACUUGAGUUUCUUGGACCGAUAUGCCGACCCUUGCUUCAUGCAUCCGCCAGAGAACCCACCAGGACCAACAUCGUCCCUCAUCGACCCCUUAUCCGUCGUCAGAUCCACCCUUGUUCUGCGCUGGCGUCGUCCCACUCGCGCGAUGCGAUUCACGUUUGCGUCGGUUAGGCAGAGUCUUGUUUUCUCAAACUCAACCAACGCCCUGACUCUAUGCGUCUACCACGAAUUCUUCAAAUGCCGGGACAGUUUUCGGACCCUUGGCCCCGCUCUAGACCUUAUCACCUCUCACAUUAGUGACGAUGGGCUUCGUAGAAAAUGGGUUAGAAUUUAUCACGACCCGUCAAACUCUCACAACCUUCUCACCGCCGAUUUCGCGCUGAUUAACCCUCUCAGCUCUCGUUACUCGAAAACCCUUCACCAAGAAAUCACGGCUCCUGACGACGACUGCGACAUCACUAAAUGGCCCUCACCAAUUAACAUCACGCAUACGACAUAG